AAUGUUUGAGUACGCAUAGCGCAUGCGUGCUCGAAAUUGGUUUUGCCGCUUUUUUAAAUUAAAACACAAAAACUUGUUGUAUAAUGCCUCAAAAACGCAGAAGCAAUGGUCAAAAUAUCGAAAAAUCAGAUCAAAACGAAGACACGGAAUUGUUCUUGACAGCCUUCGGAAAUCCAACGCAAAUUUAUCGUUACCUGGCAAAUAGACACCUUCACAAUCCUAUAUUUUUACAUCGAACUUUAAGCUACAUGAAAGGAAGAUGUUUAAGAUCUAAAAAUAAACGUUCGCUAAAAGAAAUUACCAAACAGCUACUUUCCAAAGCCACAAAAUUAGUCAACGAAAAUUAUUUAAAUAUAACCUUUACAAAUUUUAAAGAUGGCUCGAAACGAUCAAACAAGGAUGUAGAAAUAAAGAUAUCAAUUCUGAAACUUAAGAACUCUAAGAGAAAGACAUCAGAUAGAUCAUUUCAUCAAGUAACCAACUCUGAUGUAGGGAUAGUCACUCUGUGUAAGAAAGAUGCUUCAUCAGCUAUUUCUAUUUCUGCGGAGGAGUUUACAAAAAAUAACUCUUUCACUUUAAUGCUCAUAGUUCGUAGUAAAAAAAAUGAUGGAAGUUCUGUUGAAGAAUCUAGUGAAUAUUCUGAUUCUGGUGAUAAGAGACGAUUGAGAAGUCAAGUUCAAAAUCAUGAUGAUCAUGAUGAUCGCUUUUACUCGGCCAAUUAUUUUGCAACUCUUGAAGUGUUCAAUAAUAGACGAAAUUGCCUUUUAGAAGACGGUUACUAUGAAGUAUUACUUAAACACCCUAAACAUUCAGACAUAGUGGACAUAGACAAAACAGAAAUUGCAGAGUCUUUAAAAAAAAAUGCCUCUUGGCAAUCUGUUGGUGAUGGUCGUCGAAUAGAAGCUUUUGAGAUGAGUAAUCAUCAACCUACAAUUUCCUUCAGAGUACAGUGGUCAAAUGAUUCAGAAAUGACAAAUAGAAGUUCCCCAAUUACCCGACAACAUAAAUUAAAUGGAGCACUUAGUAUAAAAGAACAAAAGAAACUAUCAACUUUGAAUAAUCAUUUGCAUUCUUCGACAUCAAAGAAGAUUUUUUAUCAAUUUAUGUAUACAGACUCAACAAGACAACACACCGAAAGCGGAGAUAACUUGAAUUGUCCUUGGUGUCAUGUUAAAUGUCCGUCAAUGUACUCCCUAUUAAAGCAUCUCCGUUUAUGUCAUCCAAGAUUUCUAUUUACUUUUACAGACAAUCCUAAAGGAGCAAAAAUUGAUGUUGUUAUAAAUCAUUGUUAUGACGCCUACUUGGAAAUAGGUUCAGUGAUUGAUAUUCACUCUAAUACCGGAAUAAGUCGAAGUCGGUUUGGUCCAACUAAAAAAAAACCAACGACAUCUUUACUCGUCGCUGGACCCAACAAUCCACCAUAUCAAAUGUCUGAAUUUUUUGAUAGGGAUGUUGAUAAUUGCCGUCGAUUAGUCGACGUUGUUGGUCAUAAUAGAUUAUAUUAUCAUUCUGCAACCUGCCGUCCAAUUGAUGAACAAGAGGCUGAUGUUGAUUCUGAGGAGGAGAACGACCCUCAAUGGUUAAGACAUAAGAUGCAAAAAAUGAUAAGCGAUUUCUCAGAUGUUAACGAAGACGAAAAGAAAAUGAUGAUGUUAUGGAAUACGCAUAUGAUGCCAGGUAAGUAUACAAGCGAUAGUUCAAUGGUUCAAGCCUGUGAAGAUUUAAUAAGAAAAAAUAUAUUUGAGCUCAUACCCAUUCAACGUAAUUUCAUUCUGCAUCUAUCAAAUAUGUAUGAUUUUGGUUUGUUGGAUGGUGAAAAGAGAUUUAGCCAUACCGUAAAGUUUGAGGAUAAUGACUUCAAUUUGAAAUAUUUAAACAAUGAAUACGAGGGUAUUGCCGUCUUUGGAAUGACAAGAGCAAAGGCUAAAAAUGCCUUUAGCCGAAAUAUGCUAAAACAAUUUCAAGAUGCUGUUGAAACAGUCAAACAUGAUACAGCAAUAAGGGUUGUCAUAGUAAGAAGUGAAAUACCCGGAAUAUUUUGUGCAGGGGCUGAUCUAAAAGAGAGAGCUAAAAUGGCUCCCGAAGAGGUUGGCCCUUUCGUCUCAAAAUUACGCUUUUUAAUAAGCGAAAUGGACAAUCUACCUGUUCCAACGAUUGCAGCCAUAGAUGGUGCUGCCCUCGGAGGCGGUUUAGAAAUGUCUCUAUCAUGCGAUAUGCGAGUGGCCUCCUCAUCAGCUAAAAUGGGCUUAGUUGAAACGAAAUUGGCAAUCAUACCUGGGGGUGGCGGAACCCAAAAGCUUCCCAGAGUAAUUGGCGUAUCCAAGGCAAAAGAGUUAAUAUAUACCGCCAGAGUCCUAGAUGGAAAACAGGCCGAAGAAAUUGGUUUGGUAAAUCACUGCGUGCCGCAGAACGAAAUCGGCGAUGCAGCUUACAACAGGUCUCUUGAAUUAGCUAAAGAAAUUCUACCUCAAGGACCUAUAGCUGUUAGAAUGGCGAAGCAAGCUAUUUCUAAGGGAAGCGAAGUAGAUUUACAAACUGGCCUUUCAAUCGAACAAUACUGUUACGGUUUAAUAGUACCGACAAAAGAUAGAAUUGAGGGUUUGACUGCUUUCCGAGAGAAGCGCGCGCCCGUAUAUAAGGGACAUUAG